GUUUGCAGUAUGGAAGAUGCAUCAAUGUAAUCACUUUCACUGUGUGUGUUUGCUUGUAUGACGAUUCUUGUCGUCGUCGUUGUUGUUGAAGAUACGAUUAUUAUCUAGGACUUUCACGACAUCGACAUCAAAAUGGUACGAAUGUUGACAACAAUUUUGGUCAUCACAAUGACCAUAUUUGUAUCAUGCGACAAUGUGACCACAACAUCCAACAACAAUAACCUGGAUAGAUAUUAUUUUCUUUUAUCAACCAUUUUACCGUUCGGACGUUUACAUCAUCGAUAUCGCGAUACUAUCGAUAUUGAAAAAUCAAAUUCAAUUUUGGAAAAUGUUUUACCGCCACCGCCUUCAAACAAUCGUAUUGUACAAUUUUCUCGUUUUAAAUUUAUUCCGGCAUCAAUUGAACCACGUUAUCAUGUGGAACGUGAAGUAACGCAUCCCCAAAAAAUAAUAUUUACAUUACCCGACAACGAUGAUGAUCAUGGUGAUGGAUUGUUGAAUUAGAAUCAGUGUUGAAUAAUCAUUGUAAUUUGAAUUGUAUUAAUAUCAUUAUAUCGUUAUUUUGUAAUUUAAAGCAAAUUUUAUCAUACAUCAUUUUCAGUUGUUAACAUUGAUUAAAUAAAAACUUUAUUUUCGCUUUUCGAUAUUAUGCGAUCACUUUGAUUUCACGAUUCGGUGAUGUUUUUUAUUUACCCCC